AGGGUGACUGACGAGGCUCCGGGUUAUGACGACCCCCAAUAAAGGAAACAAGGCCUUAAAGGUGAAGCGAGAGCCAGGCGAAAAUGGGACCAGCCUGACGGAUGAGGAACUGGUGACCAUGUCUGUGCGGGAGCUGAACCAGCAUCUGCGGGGCCUGUCCAAGGAGGAGAUCAUCCAGCUGAAGCAGCGCCGGCGCACGCUGAAGAACCGGGGCUACGCCGCCAGCUGCAGAGUCAAGCGCGUAACCCAGAAGGAGGAACUGGAGAAGCAGAAAGCUGAGCUGCAGCAGGAAGUGGAGAAGCUCGCCUCCGAGAACGCCAGCAUGAAAAUGGAACUGGAUGCUCUCCGCUCUAAAUAUGAGGCGCUCCAGAACUUCGCUAGAACCGUGGCCCGGAGCCCCGUGACCCCCGUGCGGGGGCCGCUUUCCUCCAGCAUGGGGCCCCUGGUCCCUGGCAAGGUUGCCACUACUAGUGUCAUCACAAUAGUGAAAUCCAAAACGGACGCCCGGUCCUAGUGAAGUGAGUGUCGCCUGAGCUUGUCUGUGCAGGGCAAUUAGGCACAAAACCAGCCUGGAAUCCCCAAAGCACAAACCCUCCCGCACGGGUCCAGGUUCCUCCCGCUUGGCCCGCGGCCGGCCUGCUGAUCACUCCGGUUUUGUUUUGUUGUGUUCGAAUCAAUGUGAGCACUGGUGGUGUGUCCCGUGUCCCGUGCAGGUGGUUCCUCCUCCUGUGCGGGGUCUGCAGCCCCCCGGGCUGAGGAGAGGCCGCAGGAGGGGCGCGGGAGGCAGCCCUGGGGGGAGGCCUUCUCCUGGACCGUGUCGGGAGCCCCAAUGCCAGUCGCGUCCCAAAGGCUUAGUUACAUUAUCCAGGCGGUGCGUCCGGGGCCUGCCUGGCCGGUGCCCAAACCUGCUGCUUUUCGUCUUGUUUGGUACCAGUGGUUGCGGUCAGGGUGUCGUGUGUAAUUGGUUUUGUGUUCGUCUCUAGGUGUGCCUCUGUGCCCAGCAGUGGGUUUCCCUCGGGCUUCCUCGGCGCCGGCUGGAGCAGUGGAAGG